CUCCACUGCUCCCCUGCCCAGACCCCUUCAGCAGCCACUAACACAGCACAGCCUGCUCUCUGUGCAUCAGAGGCAACACAGGAUACACGCUCACACACACACACACACUCAUAAACACUUACGCACUCAAUCAUAUCUCAAACUGGAGUCGGAGUGAGGAAACAGAAUGUCAGGGAAGGAAGCGCUGAAGCCAGUGGGAAAGCAGAAUUUUCCUCAAGUAUUCAGAGCUCUUUUCUGACCCAGUCAACAGGAGGUCUCAGGAAGACAUCUGGGUUCACAAGAGCGGGCAAAUACCUCAGGGUGGUUUUUAGGAAAUAUUCCAGAACACUAAAAGGAUUGUAGAUUUAGUUGAGUAAGUUCACUCUCAAGACCUGGAUUUUUGAAAAAGAGAAGCCAUACAUCAGGAGGACAUUCUUUAAAUUCUCUUUGUCUAUUAGCAUUAAACGCUCUCCAGGUUCUUCAGAGUCCCAUCACCAGAUCUAACGCACAAUGAGCCUAUCACGAAACGGGACGUUGGAGAAGAAUGCGUCCGAGCCGCCCCAGUCUGAGCGGGGCUCCCCCUCCAGAGCGGGGUCAGGGGUCGUGGUGCCGCCCCCAUACUCUCUGGGCGGCACUGAGGCAGCUGACACCCCUCUGGAGUUAAGGGGCUCUUUGGACUGCUGGGCGUGCUCGGUGCUGGUCACUGCACAGAAUCUGAUCAUCGCUCUGAUCAAUGGCGGGCUGGCCAGCGUCAUCUUCGGCAUCAUCCUCACCCCUUCUCUAGUCAUGAUCAUAUUCGGCUUCCUCUGCCACUCCACGGUGCAGCCCCACGGCACUUCUCUGUACUGCUCAGACAUCCUGGAUGACGGGGGCUGCGUGGCUCUGCUGGUUGUGGGCUUCCUGCUGCUCACCCCCCUGCUCGUCCUGGCUCUCGCAGCCUUCUGUCGCCUCGCCCGACACCUCCAGCUGGGGAUGUGUUUUAUUCCCUACAGCCGAGCCGUCUACAAGAACCUGCCGGCCUCCCGCCACAGGAGGGCCGAUGCAGGGGGCUGCUGCGGCCAGCAGGGGGCUUCAGAGAGGGAGGGGAAGGGGAGUGUAUGGGUGUAGGAACACACAGGAGGAUUGGAUAUGGUUGUAAUAUGCAUCCCACUUAAAUAAUGAGGGUGGCCUGGCUUUCUUUGUUUGUUUUUUUACCUAUUUGCCUCUUGUUUUGUAUCAUGUUGUACAAAGCCAUCAUAUUUCGUUGGUAGUUUUGAACUCAAUGUGGCUCUUUGUUAACAAUGAAAUGUAUUGAAUGUAUUUUAUACCUUUUUACAAUAAAGUGUCAGUCGACUUGCAAACUGAAACAGGAUGGACUGUGAAUUUAGAAGUUUAAAGUUUAAAGAAGCAUGAUAAACAUUAAACAACAUUUUGGGGGGACAGAUGGGACAUUUGCUUAAUGCCCACCCUCCCCCAGCUUAAAAUGUGUUCCUGUUACCAACGUUGAGACAAAAAGACCCUGCACCCAUGCUGAAAACAGUAACGAAGUUUCAGAUUUGUGUCCAAUGUAAACUGAACUGGAGUGGCAUCCGAAUGUAAAGGCAAAGCAUGUUUUUAUGAUCUUAUCAUUUGAAUCCAAAGACCUUUGUUCGACAAUGUUGUUUCAGCUUUUCUUUAGCUGCCAAACACAUGUUGCCUAUUCUCCAAUGUCUGAGUUACAAGCUACUGUUGGUCUUCAUGUUGUAGGUACAUGUUAUCUGGUCUUUUAGUUAUCAUUUCUUUAUGUACACUGCUUUGAGUUCUACUUAGAAGUGCAGUAUAUUAGCAGAUACAUCACACGUCAUGUUAACAAUUUGGUCCUAUUUAACUUUCUUUAAAACUGUUAUUAGAUCAUCAUUUUUUGAAAGUUAUACUACAUGUCUAGAUUUUGAAUUAAUUUUUUGAAUUAAUUUGUGACCUUCAUCUACCUCUACUGGUCAUUUUUAGUAAUUGCAUAUGUUUUCCAUUUCUUUACAAUGCAUUGACAAAAAAUAUUUUCAUGAUAAUGAAUCUUCUUAAUGUAAAAAGACCCUCAGAGUUAAAUAGCUUUUCUUAGCAUCAUCUUGGAACGACAAUCAAUAAUGUGUUCUGUUCUGCUUUAGCCAUUAUUGUUAUGAAGAGGCGAGUCUGGCCCUUUGUGUUUGUUUGUUUGUUUGUUAUCAGUGUAGAAAUGGUAAUUAGAUAUAAAUACACAUGUGGAUACACAA